UGAAACGGUCAUCUGCUCCAGCCGGGCCACUGUGAUGCUUUACGAUGACACCAAUAAGCGAUGGCUCUCUGUUGGCACUGGUCCUCAGGCCUUCAGCCGCGUCCAGAUCUACCACAACCCCACGGCCAACUCCUUCCGAGUUGUUGGCCGCAAGAUGCCGGACCAGGAGGUGGUUAUCAACUGUGCCAUCAUCCGGGGUAUCAAGUAUAAUCAGGCCACUCCCAUCUUCCAUCAGUGGCGCGAUGCCCGCCAGGUCUGGGGCCUCAACUUCGGCAGCAAGGAGGAAGCCUCACAGUUUGCAGCCGGCAUGGCCAGUGCUCUAGAGGCCUUGGAAGGAGGUGGGCCUCCCGUGGCUCCUGCACCCCCUGCCUGGUCUGCACAGAACGGCCCCUCCCCAGAGGAGCUGGAACAACAGAAAAGGCCUCCUGAGCACCUGGAAGUCUGUGUCUCCAAUGCAGGAGGCCCACCUGCUUCCCUGUCUGGGGGCCCGCCUCCCCCUCCAGGACCUCCACCUCCCCCGGGCCCCCCUCCAGCCCCGGUUGCUGGAGCCAAAAUCAGGAAAGUGAGCAAGCAGGAGGAGGCCUCUGGGGGGCCCUUGGCCCCCAAAGCUGAGGGCAGUCGAAGCACUGGUGGGGGGCUUAUGGAAGAGAUGAACGCCAUGCUUGCCCGGAGAAGGAAAGCCACACAGGUUGGGGAGAAGCCCCCCAAAGAUGAGUCGGCCAGUCAGGAGGAGCCAGAGGUCCGAGUCCCCGCCCAGAGUGAACCUGUACGGAGACCCUGGGAGAAGAACAGCACAACGUUGCCAAGGAUGAAGUCCUCCUCUGCUGUGACGACCUCCGAGGCCCACCCCUCUGCUCACAGUUCCAGCGAUGACUCUGACUUGGAGAGGGUGAAGCAGGAGCUUGUGGAAGAGGUGCGGAAGGAGCUACAGAAAAUGAAAGAAGACAUAAUUGAAGCCUUUGUCCAGGAGCUGAGGAAGCGGGGGUCUCCUUGACCACAGGACCCACUAGAGCCAUCCCUCCUCUCUGCACUUCCCGCCUGGCGCCUGCUUUCCCUGCCUCAACUUGACCAAGAGUACACCAGAAGGCAUACUCCCCGACUGUCUCCACUUGGAAGAUUCCAGAGGGUGUGGCUUCAUGUUGCCAUGACCACACUCCACUGGCUGCUGAUUGGCUGAGGUCCCACCCCUUUGUUCCCUUUGGUCCUUCCCCUCUGCCGUCCCCUUGGGGCUGGUUCCUCUGCUGGGGAUGUACCCAGUAACCCCACAGUAAGGGAAGGAAGGAGGGAACCUCGCCUUCCCUUAUUCUCGAUUCACUUUAACGCUUUAAUGCCUUGGAUUUUUUUGUUUUGUUUUUAAAGAAAAAGUAUAUAUAUACAUAUAUAUAUAUAUUUGGGUUUGGGGGGAAGGGAAAUUUUUUUUUUUCUUUGGUUUUGAUAAACUGGGGUGUGGGAGUUUUUAAAUGCUAUGACUCCAGGCCUGUCCCAUUGGAGGCAGCUAUAAAAGAGGGAGGUAUCCCAGCAGGUGGGGGCGGUUUCUGCCACCCCGGGAACACCUCCCCCUUUUCCUCGGCUCCUCCCUCUUUUCUAUGAGGAACUCAGAUUCUCUAACUUUUUUGGAACCUCAGUUUUGUGGUUUUUUAUUUGGGUUAGGAUUUCAGGGUCCAGACCAUUUUUGCCCUCUGGGAAGAUGACGUGAGGGGAAGAGAAGAGGAACCGGUCCUCCAGCUCCCACGCCUCAGCUUCUUAGACUUGGGCCUUCGCUGAAUAAAUCUUCCGUUUUUAUAAA